GCACUUCCGGGUCGGCGCGGAGGCGGGGCGGAGGCGCCGCGGCUGUUAUUGUUCCGAAGGGCUGGGCCGCUGUGAUCCGCGCUCGGCGCUGUCAGUUCGUCCCGCUGCCCCUCGGCCUUUGCUGCUGGCUCUGACGGCGACCGACGGCGGGCGGGGCCCGGGUUCGCGGCCGAGCGGCGCCGGUGUGGGCGCGGAGGAGGCGCACAGCGGGAGGAGGAGCCGUGAGCCUGGCACGGAGCGGCCGCGGCCAUGGCGUACGCCUAUCUCUUCAAGUACAUCAUCAUCGGCGACACAGGUGUUGGUAAAUCGUGCUUAUUGCUACAGUUUACAGACAAGAGGUUUCAGCCGGUACAUGACCUCACAAUUGGUGUAGAGUUUGGUGCUCGGAUGAUAACUAUUGAUGGAAAACAGAUAAAACUCCAGAUCUGGGAUACGGCAGGGCAGGAGUCCUUCCGUUCUAUCACAAGGUCAUAUUACAGAGGUGCAGCGGGGGCUUUACUAGUGUAUGAUAUUACAAGGAGAGACACGUUCAACCACUUGACAACCUGGUUAGAAGAUGCCCGUCAGCAUUCCAAUUCCAAUAUGGUCAUCAUGCUUAUUGGAAAUAAAAGUGACUUAGAAUCUAGGAGAGAAGUGAAAAAGGAAGAAGGUGAAGCUUUUGCACGAGAGCAUGGACUUAUCUUCAUGGAGACUUCUGCCAAGACUGCUUCUAAUGUAGAGGAGGCAUUUAUUAACACAGCGAAAGAAAUUUAUGAAAAAAUCCAAGAAGGGGUCUUUGACAUUAAUAAUGAGGCAAAUGGCAUAAAAAUUGGCCCUCAGCAUGCUGCUACCAAUGCAUCUCAUGGAGGCAGCCAAGGCGGACAGCAGGCAGGAGGGGGCUGCUGCUGAGUCUGUUGUACCGGCUAGCUGCCCAGUGGAGCCACGCCCUCUGUCACCCUCCUUCCUCAUGCUCAGCCGAGACAGGAAACUAUUGAGAUGGCUUUAUGUCACAGGAGACUUUAAUCCUUCAGAUUCUUGUAUAACUUUGAAUAAAUGGUUAAUGUUCACUUAAAAAGA